GGAGGGAGGAAUGGGUGUGAACGGGCGUCUCCUGGGUGUGGUGGCUCUGUCCCCUGUCCCUGUCCCAGGAUGGACAGUCAGACGACGGGAGAGAGCCGCAGCCGCUGAGAGACAGAGAGAGAGGGAGCGGGCAGAGAGAGACUGGGAGCUGAAAUCGGACACCGCCGGCCCAUGGUAUCAGGCGGCAGCUUCGGACUGCCCCAGAGCCGGCCCCGGCCCACGCAGGACCCCUAGAUCCAAGCCACGUCGCCCUCCUGGCCCUCGCUCUCUGUGUCCUCGGCUCUGCCAGCACCCUCCCGCGGAGGGAGAUCAGCCGGGAGCAGACGGUCAGCUCGGCCCGACUCCUCCGCAAGGCCCUGACGCAGGUCAACGCCAAACUCCUGGACCCCUAGAUCCAAGCCACGUCGCCCUCCUGGCCCUCGCUCUCUGUGUCCUCGGCUCUGCCAGCACCCUCCCGCGGAGGGAGAUCAGCCGGGAGCAGACGGUCACCUCGGCCCGACUCCUCCGCAAGGCCCUGACGCAGGUCAACGCCAAACUCCUGUCCCACCUCGGUCUGGAGGGAAGUCACCAGCCCUCAAUAUGCCUCCCGCCCGUUGAGCGAUCGUCCGCCGGCUGGUACCGUUACCCGGGUCUCGCCGGGGCCAGGUUUUGCCUCUACCGAAAGUGCCUGCGGCGUUUGGAGGCGACCCUCCUGAGGAAGUACGGAUUCGGCCUCGAUAGCACCCCCCUCGGGCUCGGCCUGCUGAUCGGGUGCCUCGGGCACCACCGUUUCCUGCCGGGAGCCUCUCGAUCCCGGGCCUGCCUUCUGGACGAGCGAGGUGGAAGGAGGGGUGAACGUGAUCCGUGACCUCUUCUCGGACCUGGAGCUCCUGGUUGGACAGUCCGACAGCCUUGUGUCUGACGACCCGGCCUAGGCCGGUCCUGGGUGGAGGGAGUUGGGGGUGCGGGUGUCGGGGGGGGGC